AUGACACAGGCAGAAGUUGAUGAUACAUUGAAACGAAUUCAUGAACAUAAAGGUGUACAAGGAUAUAUAAUUAUAAAUAAUGAUGGUAUUCCAAUACGUACAACUUUAGAUGCCGCAGUAACUCAACAAUAUGCCGCAUUAAUUCGAUCGUUAACUGAUAAAGCUCGUUCAGCAAUUCGUGAAAUUGAUCCAACAAAUGAACUUGUCUUCUUUCGUAUGCGUACGAGAAAACAUGAAAUAUUAAUUGCACCGGAUAAAGAAUAUACAUUAAUUGUCUUACAAGCAACAGAUGUUCAAUAA